UUCACCAGUUUAAGUUACAGAAUCGACCCCUUGAACCGGUUGGCACUUGACGUUGUGCCGCGCAACCGACGAAUAAUCAAAAAUGGAUCUUUUCUAUAGAAUUCCAUUUCAGAUUUUGGAAGUACCUAAUUUAAAAUUAAAGAAACCGUCGUGGUUUGUCAAACCAAGUUCCAUGGUGGUUUAUUCGUUGGUUCUGUUCUCGUAUUUUCUGGUGACAGGAGGAAUAAUAUAUGACGUUAUCGUCGAACCACCCAGUGUUGGAUCAACAACUGAUGAACAUGGGCAUACACGUCCGGUUGCGUUUAUGCCCUACCGAGUCAAUGGCCAGUACAUAAUGGAAGGUCUGGCAUCCAGUUUCCUCUUUACGUUAGGUGGCAUGGGUUUUGUUAUUUUGGACCACACGCAUAGCCCUUCGACGCCAAAGCUGAACAGGGUUUUACUGAUAUGCGUUGGAUUCAUCAGCAUCAUUGUGUCUUUUAUUACCUGCUGGAUCUUUAUGCGGAUGAAAUUGCCAGGAUACCUUCAGUCGUGAAAGAAGUAAUUUCACAAUUCCCUCCUUUACUUGCUCCUACUAAAAGCAGGAAAUAUGAUUUUUUCAAUUAAUUCAUUAUGCCACGAAUCCAAUGUAUUGUCUUUAUAAUAAACUUUUAUUAAUUCUUU